AUGCUGGAACCAAGAUACUACUUUGGUAAUGGAGGAGUAGCCUUACAAGAUGUAGAUGGCUAUGCACCGCUUGCAGGCGAAGCGAUCGCAAUUAUAGCAGUAUCCGGGAUUAUUUUAAUAGCAUGCAUCCUCAUUGCCAUCAAACGACAAAGUCCAAAUGCCUUGCGGAUAUACUCAGGGCCGGUGAUUUCAGUUGGACUACAGAUUGCAUGUGGCGUCUUAUACCUUGUUACACACAAUAACACCUAUUUCAAUACCAUCAAUGGAGCGACUCAAGUAGUGCGAGCACUUGCAGCCAUUGCGCUUUGGCUUCCUUUUUAUGACGUAUUUGUAUGGCAAGCCAAACGACAAGAAAAGCUGACUUUACCAGCACAUGGAUUUCUUGUAUUACUACUCGGUGCCUUUGUAAUGGAUUUUAUUAUUGUCUUUAAUGGUCUGGAUCAAGUAUUUGCUAUCCGAGUCGUUGGUACACUUCUUUAUUGGUUAUCAGCAGUGGCAUUUUCCUUGCUUGUUUGGUGGUAUCCUCAUGGUAUCCCGCAUCCUUAUGCAAUUUCAACAUGCGGGUGCUUACUUGUUGCUCUUCCAGUGGGUAGAGCAAUUCAGCUGUCGUUGGAUUUCUCUUAUAAUCCACAACAUGUGGGGUCUCAUAUUACUUUGGUUUUUGAACAUCUUGUACCUAUGUUAGCACUCUUGAUUUGUAGCUUUUAUACACACAUCUGGUUAGAAGAUAUCGAGGAUGAACAAAGACGUAGAAGAUGGCAAUGUAUUCCUUAA